AUGCUGGCAUUCUUAUUGUUGAUUGUUUUUCGAAUGACUGAUGCAAUGUUUUGGAAUCUUUUCGACCAAACACCGCUAUGUUGUGGUGGAGGAAUGGGAAUGGGACAGUCGAUGUUCAGCGGUGGACAACAGUUCAACAGUGGACAACAGUUCGGCGGUGGACAACAGUUCGGCGGUGGACAACAGUUCGGCGGUGGACAACAGUUCAACAGUGGACAACAGUUCAACAGUGGACAACAGUUCGGCGGUGGACAACAGUUCGGCGGUGGAUCAUAUUUUAGUGGAGGACAGGGAUACCCACAGGGUGGAGGAAUCGGCUCUGUUGUCGACAUGCCACCACCGGGCUCCAUUGUACUACCCGAUGACGAGCAAGGGUUUGGACAAAGCUAUUCUCAACCAUCCUAUCAACCACAAUAUCCCCAAGCUCAACCAAUUCCACCGCCAGCAAUGCCUCAGCCUCAGCCACAACCGAGCGCUUAUCUGCCUCCAAUGCCUCAACCUUCACAGCCUUCAUACCAGCCUCAUGCUAGCAACUAUGAAGCUCCGCCACUCCCACCACCACAGGCUUAUGAUCAGCCUCCUAGCAACUACCAGGCUCCGCUAAUCCCACCAUCACGGCCAGUACAGCCGAGUUAUCAAGCUGCAUUGUCUCCUCCAAUUCCGCAAGAGCCCGUCAACCCUGCACCAAGUGCCUAUGAAGCUGCAGCUCCUGCUCCAGCUCCAGCUCCUGCUAGCUAUCAACCGUCACCACAAUCAACUAGCUAUGAAGAUGAGGUGAACGCAGCACAACCCUCGAAUUCACCGCUUUAUUCAUCCGAUGGCCUCUAUCCUGCUCCGAGAGCCAAAGCAUUGAGACAAAGGGUUUUCGCUGUGAAAACCGUGAAC